AUGGAGCUCGCAUGCUCGCCGAAGAGGUGGGCAAAGGAGCAGCCAGGAAUUGCAGGUGAGAAUAUUACUUACUUGUCCGUGAGGAUGAACAAGCCGUAUAAUCAAGCAACGUUGCACAUUUUCCGACCCAUGGUAUCUAAGGCAAUGAGCUACUCUAAGAGCCAAAAACUGGCGAAAGCCUUUGCCAACGACGGUGUGAAGAGACGGGACCUCCUGCAGAUGGCGUCCUCUGCACAAGAACGGGAUGCCUACAAAUGGAUGAGGUGCAACUUCCUGUGUUCAGCACGACAGCAGAGAGGGAAGACAAGCAGACCCGUGUCCGAAGCAUUUGGUUGGUAUGUUACACUGUUCUUUUAUAAGCUGCGCCUGCCGACGACCUUCACCAUGUCCAACACGGCACCGUUUCAUUUGCUUCUGAGGUUGGUAACAACACCUGCUUCGAUCGUGUUGCCUUCUGAUGUCUUGGCGGAGUUGAGCAAGCGCGGGCUCCUUUCCUCCUGCCUUGAAGGCUUUGGAUCUGUGCGAGAAUGGUGGGACCGCGAGAUCGAUCCUGUCUACAAGGGCCUGAUCGACCACUCAGAUUAUCCUUAUCCGCUGCUUUUUCAUGAAGACGGUGUGCCAACCACGAAGCGAGAGACUGUGGUAUUUUGGUCGUGGUGUUCAGCCUUGACCAACCAAAGGUCCGAGAUCAGCAGGUUCUGCAUCAUUGGUGUUCCGCAAUCUCGGAUUGCGAAGCAAACUCGUACUUUUAUUGCCAGGAUAAUAUCGUGGGACCUCAAGUCACUGAAAGAAGGAUAUUUUCCAAUGCACGACUGGGACGGCAACGAGUGGCCAAAGAUGUCCACAAGGCAGCGGCGAGCUGGGAAACGCUGUCCGGUCAAGGCCGUCUUCGCAUUCUGGAAAGGGGACCAGGAAGCCCACAUGAAGAGCCAUGAACUCUGUCGCAACUACACUCGCAAGUAUAUAUGCGACUGGUGUCUGGCUUGCAACAGCGACGUCAUCCUCAACUCUGGCGACUUGAGUGCUACAGCUGGCUGGCGUCAAACCGAGGAGCACACCCGCCCAGCUCCGCACGCCAACGAUGUUUCUCCUUGGAAGCAAGUCGAGGGCUACACCCGUCGCAGACGGCUGUACGACGGUGAGAUGUCCAGGUUUUUGGAUUUGCAGGACCAGUCGCCAAAGCCGAAUGAGAUUCUGUACCGGUUCACAUCCAGAGCUCAAGCGUGGUGCAAGGAAAGACGAUUGGAUCUUGGAAUAAAUCCGAUCACAAUGGACUCGCUGAAUGCGACGCUGAAAUAUCCUGAAUUGAGCUCCACGAUCAAAGCAUCGAGAUGCAGGAAUCUUUUAGCCUUCGUCACCCACUUCGCCGUGGAGCUCGAGAAACAGCUCGACCCGGACGAUUGCAGUUCCGAGACAGCUCAUUGGAGAAGGGCCCGUGCCUGUAUGCUGUGGUCUCUCGAUGCUGCCUUGUCUGUGGCUGGGACCGCCCACAAGCCCCACAUGACCGAUGGAGAAACAGAAGAAUCCGUGUGGCUUUUCGAAACCUUCCUGCUCUUGUACCAAUACGCAGCUGCCCGUGCAUAUGGACUGUCUCAAUUACUUUACAAGAUGAGACCAAAGCACCACUAUGCAUCUCACAUGAUCGCAGAAGUCGCGCAAACAAAGCUGAACUUUAUGCACUGUUCCAACUUUGGUGACGAAGACCAUAUGAAGUAUAUGAAGAAAAUUGGCUGUUUACUGAUCACUCUUGUCUGUCCCUGUCUGAACUUAUUUGUUGUAGUUCGAACCCUUUUUGGGCAUGCAGCUGUUCAGUCAAUCAGCUAA